CAGGAAUUCAUCUUCUCUUCACCAAUGGACCCCAGCUUCAAUUGCCAGGAAUGCACAUGCUUCCAACCGUGACAGGACCGCAAUUAAUCCACAGGAGGCAUCUAUGUUGAAGUUUCAUAUUCUGUCCUUAAAACUUGAUCCUCACAAUUGGUGAGCCUCUCAGGAUGGAAAUUGGCCAAAUCAGAAUAUUCUACAGUAUAUUUAACCUCACUCAGGAGAUCAUCAACCUGCUGACUGGAGAGGAUUACACCUUAGUGAAAACAUCUAGUAAGUGUGUGACCCCCCUCGGACAUCACAGAGGGUCAGGGGGAUUGAGCAGGAGGACCCAGAGCUCAGGCAGAAUGCAUCAACUUCAUAGACUGAUAUAUGAUAGAAACAAUGCUCAGAAGAUCCUAAAACUCACCAACAAGAUGAUUGAGCUGCUGACUGGAGAGGUUCCUAUAAGAUGUCAGGAUGUCACUGUUUAUUUCUCUAUGGAGGAGUGGGAGUACAUAGAGGGACACAAGGGUAACUACAAGGACAUCAUGAUGGAGAACCAUGAGACCUUCACAUCACCGGAUGGAUCCAGUAACAGAAAUUCAACAGAGAGAUGUCCCAGUCGGCUGUAUUCCCAAGAAUAUCAUGAGGAAAAUAACAGCAUCUUUCAUAAUCAUCAGGGUGUGAAGGUUGACCAGCAGUGUAAGAAAGGGGAAACCUCCAAAGGUGUCAGCUUAGGUGCUUACUGUUCAAAAUCCUCCGAGUUGAAUUUUCCUCAUAGUGUCCUCCACAAGACAGCACUCCUCUUCCAUACUGACCAUUCAAAAAUGGAGAGGUACAAGGAGCUGAUGACAGAAAGAGUGCUAAAUUUUUCCUUGGAGAUCAUCUACCUGCUUACCCGAGAGAAUUUUACAGUAGUGAAGAAAGCAUCUACGGACUCCUCUCACUCACUCAUACAUGAGAGGACCAAUGAGCCGAAGAUCUUAGCACUCAUCAACAAGAUCGUUGAGCUGCUGACUGGAGAGGUUCUGGUAAGGUGCAAGGAUGUUGCUGUCCAUUUAUUCAUGGAAGAGUGGGAGUAUUUAGAAGGACAUAAGGAUCUUUACAACAAUGUCAUGAUGGAGGACCACCAGCCUCCCAUGUCACCAGAUGGAUCCAGUAAAGAGAAUCUGCCAGAGAUAUAUCCCAGUCAGCUAAAUUCCCAAUAUUGUUUCGAGGAAAAUCACAGUGUCCCACAGGAUUACCAGGGUGAAGAUAUCAUUGAUCUUAAAGUUGAAAUUAUAGAGAGAGAAGAGGAGAUGUAUAUGAACAGUGAUCAGCAGUCCAUGGAGGAGGAAUUUUCUACAGACAUUGGCACUGCUGACCACAAUUUGUUAUCAGAGGGACAUCAACUUUCAUCUCCAGACUGUGAAAUUGAAUAUAUGAUACAAGAUUUUCCAGAAGAAAUUUCCAGUGCCCUAAAUGUAUCCCCAGGACUUCUACAUACACAUCAAUUCUCUGAGCCCGGUUUUCAAGAGGAACAUUCAACUAAUGUUACACAAAGUUCUCAACAUAAAGAUGAUAAACUGUUUUCAUGUUCUGAAUGUGGGAAAUGUUUUACACGUAAGUCCAAUCUUUUUAGACAUGAGAUAACACACACGGGACAGAGACCUUUUGUGUGUAAUAAGUGUGGCAAAUCUUAUACUCAGAAGGCACAUCUUGUAGAGCAUCAAGUAUAUCACACUGGAGAAAAGCAGUUUUCUUGCUCCACAGGUGGAAAAUGUUUUACGCAGAGGGCCAUUCUUUACAGACAUCAGAGAAUUUACACUGGUGAAAGGCCGUUUACAUGUGGCAAAUGUGAUAAAUCUUUUACUUAUAAAUCCUACCUGUUAGAACAUCAGAAAUUUCACAUGAGAGAGAAACUAUACUCCUGUUCAGAAGGUUGGGAAUCUUUUGCAAAUAAAUCUGUUCUUGUUAAUCACCAAGGCAUUCACACAGGGGAGAAACCAUAUUUGUGCUUAGAAUGUGGGAAAUGUUUUUUUAAGAAAUCAGUUCUUGUUGAUCAUGAGAGAACUCAUACAGGAAAAAGGCUGUAUCCAUGUUUGGAAUGUGGGAAGUCCUUUUCAAAAAAGUCAGGACUUGAAAAACAUUAUCAGACUCACACAGGGGAGAAACCGUUCCAUUGUUUGGAAUGUGGGAAAUGUUUUGCUAAGAAGUCAAUUCUUGUUGUCCAUCAGAGAACUCACACAGGAGAAAGGCCGUAUCCAUGUUUGGAAUGUGGGAAACGGUUUUCAAAGAAAUCAGGUCUUGAUAAACAUCAUCGGACUCACACAGGGGAGAGGCCAUUUCAGUGCUCUGAAUGUGGGAAAUGUUUUUUCCAGAAAUCAGGUCUCGAUAAACAUCAGAAUAUUCACACAAGGGGGAAGUUGUUUUCAUGUUUGAAAUGUGAGAAAGGUACAUGUAUCCUUCCUGAGAGACAUCAUGGACUUGACAAAGAGUAUAGGCCUUUUCCAUGUGUAGAAUGUGGGAAGCGGUUCACCCAGAAAGCAUAUCUUGUUAAACAUCAGAAAAUUCAUACUGGCGAGAAGCCAUUUUCAUGUUCAGAAUGUGGGAAAAGUUUUAUGCAGAAAGACCAUCUUGAGCGACAUCAGAGAAUUCACACAGGGGAGAAGCCAUUCUCAUGUUCAGAAUGUGGGAAAAGCUUUACCCAGAAAAAAACUCUUGUUCAACAUCACACAACUCACACUGGUGAGAAACCAUUUUCAUGUUCAGAAUGUUGGAAAUCAUUUACACGUAAAUGUCAGCUGGAGAUACACCAGAGGAGUCACACAGGGGAGAAGCCAUUUUUAUGUUUAGUAUGCGGUAAAUUUUUUAUUCAGAAAUGGGAUCUUGUCAGACAUCAGAAAAUUCACCCAGAGAGAAAACCAUCAGAAACUGAAUAUGGUGGUACCUAUGAAGUUCUUCAGAGAAAUGACUGCGAUGAGCAGCUGUUUUCAUGUUCAGAAUGUGGGAAAUGUUUUAACAUGAAAUCCAGUCUUGUCACACAUCAGAAAAUUCACACAGGCAUGAAGCCAUUUUCAUGUUCCGAAUGUGGGAAAUGUUUUACACGUAAAUCUCCACUCACAAUGCACAUGAAAACUCACACAGGAGAGAGGCCAUUUUCAUGUUCAGAAUGUGGAAAAGGUUUUAUCCAGAGAUCAGAUCUUCUUAGACAUCACAGAAUUCACACACGAGCCCCCACUGUCUUGGAUGGAUUUACCAUUGACCUAGUACAACCCCAGAUCAUAGUUACAUGAAGAGUAUAUUAAGUAUAAUAUGAGAGGGGAAAAGAGUUAACAAUGUAAGUGACUGUCCACUCCUUAUUAUCUCAGUAGGUUCAAAAUUCUGAUCUGAUUCAUGUCUUAAAAUAUCCAGAUACACUAUGUAGAUAUAAAUGUAUAGUUACACAUGCUGGAUACACUCAGCAACCAGUAGAGAAAGCUUAGGCUACUUUCACACUAGUGUUUUUGCUGGAUCCAGCAGGGUUCAGCAAAAACGCUUCCGUUAUUGAUAAUACAACCACCUGCAUUCGAUCUGUUUUCUAUAGAGACAGAUUGUGUCAGAAAACUGAUCAGUCCCCAUUGACUUGCAUUGGGAGUCAUGCCGGAUCGGUCUUGCUCUGCAUCCCAGGACAAAAAGCAAACUACAACAUGUUGCGGUUUACUCUCCGGUAUG